ACACAAAUAGGUGGAGGCUCCGUCUCAUCAGCUGUUCUGUGUUUCAUGCAUGAGGCUUUGAAACUCUGUUUUGCUGUUAAAAAAAUUCACGAAUAUUUAUUACUUCAUAUUCGUAUCUGUAGCGACACGCCAAACUUAAGUUGCUGACAGAGAAAUGUCAACCAAAAGCCUGGAUUUAAGCCUGCCACUGAGCAGCAGGCAGCAAUUCAGCAAUAAUGAUGAAUUGUCUUCUCUCCUACUAACAAAGGAGCAUCUAAAAUCAAAGCUUGAUUUCAGCAAAAUCCAAUGUUAUGAGGAACUUGGAGCAAAAUUGAUUGAAGAUAGACUAUUACUAACAGCCCUUGAGCUUUAUGCUGAACUGGGUGAAGCAGGCCAUGAAAUAGUAUGCCUUAAGCAAUUCUUCUCAAAUCCGGGAAAUUUUGAAAAAUCUGCAAAAGCUUCUGGAAUGCUUGUGAGAUCCAUGAGCCAAACAACCCUUGAUUCCUUGGACUUUCAACCGAUAUCAGAAGAUGGUGACAGAGCGGGUGGAGAUCGCGUCGCCGUUCUAGAAUUCGAGCUACGGAAAGCUAAGGAAACCAUCACGGCUCUGAGGGAAAAUCUAACACAACAAGUUGAGCUUGAGAAUGCUAGCACUCGAAGCGAAACAGAGAGUAUAAGCAGCCAAAAUAAUCCUGUCGCUCACCAGAGUACACCAGAACCCAUGAAAGCUUAUGAACAACGAGCCAUUAACUUUCUAGUUCACGAAUAUUUACUCACUUAUGGCUAUCGGCUAACAUCUAUUACGUUUGCAGAUGAAAAUACUGAUCAGGAUUUUGAGUAUUGGGACGAUGUUGGAUUGAAUGUGGAGCGUCCUGCAGAUUUAUUAACAAUUUACCGCCAUCGUUUUAGACCUGCAGGCCAGAUUCAUAUAGUUCAAACGGAAAACACAGAGACACAGACGGAAGAUGCUGCUAACGAAUCGUCAGACCUAACGAUGCAGUUAGGCGGAAGUGCAGAAGAAAGCGUUAAUAACAGUUAUGAUGUCUCGUCAGUCCCAUCAACGACAAAAACUGAAGUCAGAGUUGCUUCCGUAUCAGCCUAUGAUAUUCGCGAGUCCAUGAUAACCAAUGUCCAAAAACCCACUUCAGCUGUAACCACUUUGCCAAUGCCUGUCGUGAGCACGCGUUUUGAAAGUCAUCAUAUUUCACCUGUUUUUCCUCAACAAGCUCAGCUACAAAACUCAGCUCGAGCCCUUAAAGAGGAAUUACAGCAGGGCGUAGAAGAUGUCUGUCAAAAAUUAAAUAGUUUUUUCAAUAAACCUCCUUCUUUAUCGGGUGGCUCUCUAAACAAGCCGAUGGGCUUUAGCCACGUUAAACCACCUGAUCGUUCAUCAUUUUCGCUCUUUAAUAGUAAAUAAUUAAAUUUGCGCUAGUUUAAUUUUUGUAAUGAAACUGCUCAAUGAAACUUUUUUUAUAAUGCCAAAUAAUGCUGUUGAAUGCCGUAUGAUUACGAGUUUCCUUUUGUUUCUGUAAAAAUAAAAUGUGAUCAAAUAUGUUUGCAUCGGCUUGAGAAUACAAAAAUGCCAGUGUUCA